AUGGAUUACGCACGAAAGAUUGGUAAAUCGGAUGAGCCGAAAAAAUGGGUAAAACAGUUUACGACAACAGUGACAACACGCGAUGGACUUAUUAGUCCGCAGUCGAUCUUUCUGGAGGAUCGGCGCUUGGCGAAUUGGCAGAGAUGGUUAAAUAGGCGAACGAUACAGUAUAAGCGUAUUACGUCUACGACCGGUCGUCAUCAAAAUGAUCAAAUUCUGAAUUCUUGUGAAAAAGUACGACCACUGAUCGAAAUGAGAAACUUGAUGGAUUACGCGACAGUGCCGAUACCAGUGAUACCCGAUAAAUAUCGAGGUGGUACAGAAUUUUGGAGGACUCCGAAAACACUGCCUAAACGUGCCCCGUGUUUGCCAGAUAUUACCUUUACGCCGAGUAAAAAGGAGCUAAAUGUAAUUCCGGAAUUGACGUACGUCGACUUGCCUGAGUUAAUAGAGAAAGAAAAAGAUUUGGUCGGCUUGAAGUCGAAAGAACCAUCGUGGAGACGCAGUCGGUACUUGAAGAGAAGGGAGAAGGAGUUGUCGAAAGAAAUAGCGAGGCUCGUGCCGAAACAACCAGAAACGAAAGACUUGGUAAUCAGGAAUACAAUUCCAGCGACGAAGGAACCGUUCAGAAGAAUUCCGCCGAUAACAGUUUCCGAUACAGAAGAGAAAGAACAGGACGCAGGAUUUCGCUGCGAUUGUUAUUCCGAGCAGGCGGUCGUCUUGAAGAUCCAAGAUCGUGAAAUCGUUUGGCAGAACUUUUCGUCGAAGCACGGCCGCGCAGAAUCAGAUCCAAUUACGUGGAAUUUAACAUUUCAUGGAAAAAUUAACGAAAGAACGGAGAAAGAAAUCGUGUUGGAGAAUAAAGGAAAUCGCGUGAUCGUUUACCAAUGGCGGGACGCAACGUUCCGAUCUAAUAUAAUUCCUUUAGCCAAACGAACCAGUUCUUUCUUUUUUAAUAAAACGAAAGGAGUGAUUCUUCCAGGGCAAAUUGUCAAAUUAAAGAUAUGGUAUCUUGGUAUCUCUUAUGUUUCUACCGAAUUCUGGAAACUUACAACUGAUCCGAUCUUGUGUUCCUCUCCGUUGAUAUUUCGAUUUUGGGGUUGCGCCGAAACCCCAAACUUUCGUUCUGUACAAAUAGUCGAUAAAUACUUGGAUCGUUGCAUUAGAGAUACCGCGAUACGAGAGAUAAUUAACGAUAUUAUGGAAAAUGUGAGUUUCACUAGACAUCCAGAACCUGCGUACGGUAGCCUAUUUUUAGAGUCAGAACUAUUCGCUAUUCAAAAUUCACUGUGCUUUUACAAUCCAACGCUUCUGAUAGAAUUCCACAAGAUUUACUACAAUGCGACGAAUCAAACGAAACACCGUUGGAACAUGCUGUUAAACGAUAUACGAGAAAUCCUAUUGAAAAUCAAACAACCGGAACGUAGGAGUAUAAUAUUAUCGCAAUUCACUGAACUUUAUAAAGAAUGUUUGGAACCCUCCUUGUACAGAUCCGUGCAAUAUAACAAGUACGAAAUGAUAUACAAUUUGCUUUGCUCGUUUUUCAAUUUAUUCGAGAUUGAAAGCGAGUUAGCAAGAAACGCUUACCUCGUGAACGAAUGUAAAGAAACUCCUGGUAUGGCUCCGCAAAUGAGUCAUACGAUGUCGAUGAACGCAUCUCAGUCAUCUGUUAAGAGCAAUAAUUGGCGAAAUAGACGAGGAAGGAAAUCGAGUAUUCGUUCGCAAAACAGUCGGGUUCGGACAAUUACGGAGCAAAGUACUUGCACAGUUCCCGCCAAUGAUUCUCUUUAUAAAGAAAUAUUUUUUAUUCGUAUUUAUGAACUUUUGGGAGAAACGAUAAUACGAAUAUUCGCAUCUAUCGAAUCGUUUGAUAAUUUGAACGAACGUGAUAAAUAA